GCCAUAGGGGUAAGUUAGGCAACCGGGUUUAUUUUUAUCCAUAUCGUCAGAUAGCGCUAGUAGUCAUAAGGAAUGUGUUAAACAUCUUUCCGAAACAUCUGCAUUACACGUUAGUCUCGUAACAAUACCUACAGAGAUCGUACAUAAUUUUUUCCAUUGGCGAGUGUUCGUGGUAAAAUAAUUAUUUUGUAGUUUUACUGUGUUUGUGAACUCAAGGUGAGUUUGUUUCUUAUGUUUUAUAUUUAUAUUGAUUGGAGGGUUUUUCGUCUACAUUUUACAUCUUAAUUGAAAGAUAUAAUCCAUCUGAAUGAAAAAGUAGAAAGUCCUUUAGGCAGUGAUGUCAAUUGGGGCAAGUGGGCCAAAGAAAACAGGGCCAAGUUGGCCAUAUGGCGAAUUUGCCCCGAAACGUAAGAUUAAUUUAAUUUAUUAUUUUUCAGGAAAUAGAAGCAUGCGUACCUAUAAAAGGAAAACAGAAAGAGGCAAAACACCGAAGGGGGUCAUGCUGGAUGCGGUGUCUGCAGUUGUAAAGGGAAAACAAUCAGUUAGGAAAACAGCUCUCGAUUUCAACAUUCCUAGAAAAACCCUUUCAAGAUAUGUUAACAAAUUCAUAGAGAACGGUGGAAGUGAAGGCAACGUACCGGAAGAAGAAAUUGAAGUUGGAUAUGUGAAAUAUCGGCAGGUAUUUCCUCGGCAACAAGAAGAGCAUCUACCUGAAGAAAGCAGCAGACAUAUAUUACGGUUUAUCACCGAGAGAAGUCAGAAAAUUGGCUUUCCAGUACGCAGUUGCUAUAAAUGCCAAAAAGUUGGUUGGAAAAAAAAAUGGCCGGGGAAGAUUGGUUAACAGCAUUUAUAAAAAGGAAUUCUUCUCUUUCUAUAAGGACACCGGAAGCCACCAGUCAAGCCAGAGCAUCCAGUUUCAAUCCGACAAACGUCUCAAAAUUUUUCGAUAAUUUGAAAAAAUUUUUGAGAAAAUACCAGUUUCUCCCGUCUGAUAUAUACAAUAUGGAUGAAACUGGAAUAACUACAGUGCAAAAACCCAACAAGGUAAUAGCUCGUCGAGGAUUUAAACAGAUUGGAAGAAUUAAAUCAGCUGAAAGGGGAUCUCUGGUGACGAUGGCUCUUGCUGUUUCUGCUGCAGGAAACAGCAUUCCUCCUUUUUAUGUCUUUCCGCGGGUCAACUUUCGAGAUUAUUUUCUACAAAAUGCUCCAAUAGGUAGUGAUGGAGACAGCAAUCGAUCUGGGUGGAUGAUUGAGGCAAAUUUCAUAAAGUUUGAAAAACAUUUCAUUAAAUAUUCUCGAGCAUCUCAAGAUAAACCUGUACUUCUGCUCUUAGACAAUCAUGAUUCACAUCUCUCGAUCGAAGCUCUAGAUUUGUUCAAAAAACAUGGAGUGAUAGUUCUGUCAUUUCCUCCUCACUGCAGCCACAAGUUGCAGCCACUGGACCGAAGCGUUUAUGGCCCCUUCAAAAAAUACAUAAAUACAGCUGCAGAUGCUUGGAUAACAAAUAAUCCUGGAAAAACAAUGAAUAUCUAUAAUAUUCCACAGUUAGCCAAAGAAGCUUUGCCAUUAGCCUGUACUCCAAAAUUAUUAUAAUUAAUAUAAUAUAAUUAUUGAUUUUUCAUUUCUUCUUGCAUCUUACAUAUGGAGCAAAUUACCCCAGACCUAAGACCAACUUACCCCGAACCCGGGGAUAGUUGGCCCACUUGACAUCAACACAUAUAACUAAUUAUUACACUGAAAACAUUUGAAUUACAAAUUACUUUGAAGUGUUUUAGGUAAGCCUAAACUUGAAGCAUUUUAACUAAGUUUUGCUCACUAAGCAAUUUCAAUUAAUUCAUCUUAAAAAGGAAAAAGUUUAAAAAAUGGGCCA